GAGCAGCCGUUGUUUGCCCAUCACCAGGGUCAAGAGCGCAGGGAGGACAGGGAGAGGAGGACCACGAACUUUCUACACCACAGCACCCAACACACCUCCACCGUCCAUGUCACACCUCCCUGUGACCAGCCUGCUGUAAGCCAGAAGCCCAUGGAAGUUCUCAAGGUGCAGUCCCACCUGGAGAAUCCCACCAAGUACCACAUCCAGCAGGCUCAGAGGCAGCAGGUGAGGCAGUAUUUGUCCACCACCCUGGGUGGUAAAUCUAGCAGCCAGUGUCCCAGUCAGCCCCCCGAGCACGGCAUGCCACCCGGGCCUGGAAGCAGCGCCCCCAACAGUCCAAUGGCCCUGCUCACCCUCAGCUCCAACUGUGAGAAAGAGAUGGAUGAUGUCAUUGACGAUAUUAUUAGCUUGGAGUCAAGUUACAAUGACGAUGUUCUUGGACUUAUGGACGCAGGACUCCAAAUGAACAACCAGCUCCCCGUGUCGGGUAACCUUCUUGAUGUGUACGGCAACCAAGGACUUCCACUCCCGGGCCUCGCCAUCAGUAACUCCUGUCCACCCAGCAUUAAAAGGGAAUACACAGAGGCUGAAGUUCGUGCUCUUGCUAAAGAGAGGCAGAAGAAAGACAACCACAACUUAAUUGAACGAAGACGGAGAUUCAACAUCAACGAUCGCAUCAAAGAGUUGGGAACCUUGAUACCCAAGUCAAAUGAUCCAGACAUGCGCUGGAAUAAGGGCACUAUUCUGAAAGCCUCAGUGGACUAUAUCAGGAGACUACAGCGGGAGCAGCAGAGAGCCAAGGAGAUUGAGUGCAGACAGAGAAAGCUGGAGCACGCAAACCGCCAUCUGAUGCUUCGUAUUCAGGAGUUGGAGAUCCAGGCUCGUGCACAUGGUCUUACAGUGGUCUCGUCCUCAUCUGUCUGCACUUCGGAUUUGAUGGGCCGAGCCAUUAAACAGGAGCCCGUCCUCGGCGACUGCCCCUCAGAUCUCUACCAGCAGAGCUCAGCUCCUGACAUGUCCCCUCCAACCACACUCGACCUCAACAAUGGCACCAUCACCUUCGACCACAUUCCUGCAGAUGCUGGGGACCCUGGUGCCUAUGGAAACUCCAGGACCUGUAAAAUGAAGGAAUUGGUAAGGGACAACACCCUGUCGCCAGUUUCCCCAAGUGAUCCCCUGCUGUCCUCAAUGUCCCCAGAUGGCUCCAACAACAUUAGCAGCCACCACAGUUCCUGCUCUAGUAUGGAGGAGAAGGAGCACUGCUGUUGACAUUGUCUAGUGCCAUGAGCCAUACUGACACUUUCUAUCUGUAGCAUCCCGUCAAUGAGGCACCGCACCUUAAAGUGACUUAAAUGGAUCCACAUGACUAAGUAGAUUAAGGAACAUCUGAUAAUUAUUUUUGGCUGAACUCUAAUGUUUAAAUACUGUAUGUUAAUGUGACUGAGACAUUUCGGUUCCUCCAUUGUUCACAGUAUUUUUACAUUCUUCUAAUUUUGAUGCCGUAUAUAUUAACAGUCCAGAAAAACUUGACAAACAUACAAGAGAUUGGUUUUCUGUGAGGAAUCUUUCAUUUAUAUCGGCCCACCAAUUAUGUUGUCAUUGAUGUUUUCUUAUUCUAACAACUUUAACUUCAUUUGUACUCUAUGUACUAGUUUUGAUGAGUAAAGUAACAAAACACGUGAAAGGAAAAGUAGUUCUCAACAUUAUAAGGUAAAAUUACCUUAUACUGAUAAUGUACUAUAGUAUUUUUUAACUAAAAGAAAGAAAGAAAGAAAGAAAGAAAGAAAGAAAGAAAGAAAAGAAAAUUAUUGCUUUAUUUUGGGUUCACAAAAGACAAACGCACUGGUCCACUAGCCAAAAUUUCCUUUAUUUAAAUUGAGUCCUCUAUGUAAAAGUUAAAUAAUUCCGGACAUAAUACAUCACAAAUUUAUAAUUAAAGCAAAUUCUUAAUAAAUGCAAAAUAAAACUGAUAAAUGAGUAAAAGAAAAUGUGAUGUGUAUGCUAACAAAGGAUCACAGCCGCAUUUGCCAAAAAUGUAUCAAUUGCUUUGAUUUCGUGUUUGUCUUGCAUAACUCCUAGUUUAGUUGAUGUAUACACAGGGGAAUCUUCUUUUGUACACAACUGGUUGAUAGCAUAUGUGAUAUUGUUGUUAAUGUUUGUAAUAUAUGACCAGUAUUGUAAAAAAUACACUUGAGAUGCCGAUAUAUUGCAAAAAGUGCCUUUUGUAAAAAACAAUAAUAAAAUAUUGUGUGAAAACUA